AGGAAGUGGCCAUCUUGGAUGAGGGCGUCAUGCUGUCCACCUGAGAUUUACCGGUCAUCAACAUGCAGGAAGAUACUGUCCGGGAGAGGGUUCCAGCUUGCUCGGGACACGCUGCUUAUUUUGGCCGGCGAGCAGUCCCCGCUUAGUUUUGUUUUACAGUUUGCUUGCCCUGAGCAAAGAUGGCCGCUGCCUUGUCUUGAUCGUGAAGACAGGAAAAAAAAACCCCCCACACACAAUGAAACUCCGCCCCGCUUCAAAAGAAGGGAAGGACGCUUAGACCGGGUUCAUGUCAUCCGUAGUAAGCGUGUGACACUAUUUACACUCGAUUUCUACAUAUCCUUCGAUAUCUGGAUUUAUCAGCUGUUAUGGUGACUGGUAUGUGACCCAGGAACCUUUCACCCUGCUUCCUGACUGCUGCUGUCAUGCUUGUUGUGCCAUCCUAGGACUGUGCCACUAAUAUAUGAUGGGUGGGACAAGACACUGACACAGGAGCUGCUGAUUUAUUCAGAUCUAAAUCUGGGAAAUUCCGCCUGGUAAAGAUGUCGUUCAUUCAGUGGCUGCAAUUGCCACAAGAAGUGCUCAUACAGAUAUUCAUGUACCUUUCCCCAGUGGAAAAAGCAAAUGUUCGGGCCACGUGCACUUACCUGCGGACACUCAUAGACCACCCCUCAUUAUGGAAAAACAGCAUUAUUGUUUUUAAAAGCAUAGGGGUUUUCAAUGCUCGUUUCUGGGAUACCCUUCAGAGCCGGAAAAUCUCCUCCGUGGAAGUGACUAAGGUGACUCUGAAACAGUUCAAGAAGAUGGCUAAUUGCUUGCCGGAUCUGACCAGCGUGACAAUGGACUCCUGCUUGAAAGGGGAGAUCCUCCAGGGAUUGAGGCCGCUUGGAAGCCUUCAUCAGCUGCAUUUGACAGACUGUUCUAAUGUGAUGGACCAAGAUAUAUUCUCAGAAGUUGUGCUUUUCCAGCAGCUGACACACUUAUCUUUAUGUAGAGUUGCUUUCUCAGGUGUCCUUCCUUUAACCAGCAUAGUCUUACUGCAGAACUUGUACUCUCUGACAUUACAUUCAAGAGAAGGCACUGUGCCCGAGAGGGCUCUCCAGUACAUCUUAUUUAGGCUUCCAAAACUUCGGGAGCUGUCCCUCGCUAUCGGAAACAUGAAUAAGUGGAAGCUCUCUCUGUGCUUCAAUGUACCUGAUAACUUUGUAUCCACAGCUGAAGAGCAACCAUGUAUAUCAAGAUUACAGCUCCAGAAACUAGAACUAAUGAAUUCUGGCUGCGCCAGUCUGUCCAGUAAAGCUUUUUAUCAACUGUCCACUCUGAAAAGUGUCUGUUUGCGGCAUUAUAAGUAUCUACAGCACGAAGAAUUUAUUGAAACCCUCCUGGUGAAGCUUCCUCACUUGACCGAGCUGAAGAUUGAAUGGGCUGCCCCGUUUGUGCCAAUUAUAAGUCCAGUAUGUUCUAAAUUAGAAAAUUUGAGCAUGGUGGGCACGAAGAUUUCCGGAGAGACUCUCGACUGGAUCUCGAGGAGUGCCAGCCAGCUGAAAUCUCUGAACUUGAGUUUUUCCUACGGAUAUGAUGUCGACAUGGUGAAAACUUUACCUCGCUUAUUUCCACAGCUGCAAAAACUCUACCUCAGCAAUACCAGGUUGACUGAAGACACACUGGUUGUUCUAGCCAACUUGUAUUCCUUGCGUGUUCUCGAUAUUUCAAACAACCUCCAUCUGACCCCCGAAGCAAUCCUUGCAUUUCGAAAAAUCACAUCUAACAGAAUUGGCUUAAUUCUCGAGAGAUCUAUGGAAAGUGUAAAGUACUGCUGCUGGUGAAACUGACUCUGAAGGUCGAUCGUAAUACCUGUUGUUUUCUGCAGCGUUCCACACCACUUCACAUCACUGCAGGAAGCACAGGACCUGACUGGGAAAUUCUAUUUAUAAAGAUGCUGAUUUUGGAUUUGUUAUUUAUUUUCGAAGCUUGUCGAACAAUAUAAUUUUGUUGAAGGGAUGAUGAGAAAGAAAAAAAAAAAGCUUGCAUAUUCUCACUCUUAGCAACUGUAAUCCUCUUUGAGCUGUGAAACCGAGAUUUGCUUCCACAACUGACACUUCUUCAAAGCAAUAAUUUACCACCUAAAAGAGUUUACAUUUCAAUUGUCAGAAUGGGUACCCCUUCCUUCUGUCACAGAACUGUUGUUGGGCUGAUGGGUUUUUCAUUUAUCUUUUUAUUUCUUAUUGGUGGCCGGUCGGCACUAAAAAAAAAUAGAAAAAAAAUUCUAGUUUUUUUUAAAUUUUACUUAAUUUUGUCUUGUGCCCUGUGUAACAAGUGAAAAUAGACAUGGUUCUCUGAGAACCUGCCCAGCCCGGUGCAGUCUUAUCUAGCGUGCUGUGCUCUCUCCUCUGCAGAAUUCCUCCUAGUGCGCACAACAGGAGAGCUGUGAGCCGUAGAGACUGCUGACCUAGGAGAGGGCACUUAGCACUAGAGGAAAUAUUCUCUCCAGUAGGACCUGUACUUAUUUGCUUACUACUACACCGUGCACAAGGCACUAAAUAAUAGACUAUAAAGAUGACGCUGGAGAACUGAUGACAUGUCUGCUUUACUGUACGUUUCCCCAAGAUGCGCCAUAUAAAUAGAGACAGAUGUUUUUUCAAUGAUUAAGUGCCUAAUGCAUUAUUAAAUCAUUUUUGCCACAUCA